GCUGUAAAAAAUUGUGUUAACUUCUUCUUUUUGUCACAUUUCAUCUUAAUGGCAAAUAUCUUGGAGUCUAUGCAUUUGCCCCAGACAGCUCCCCCUCUGUUCAACAAUAAUCCGUUUAUUGCUGUCUGGAAUGCACCUACAGAAUUCUGCCAGAAAAAUCAAAUUGAUUUAGAUAUGGAAAUCUAUACAGCUGUUACCACACCUGCCAAAGUCCCUGGUCAGCUGUUAACCUUGUUCUAUGCCAACCGAUUAGGCGAAUAUCCUUACAUAAAUGAGUUGACAAAGGAGAAAUAUUAUGGUGGUCUUCCGCAGGAGGGUCACCUGAAAGGUCACUUAGCUAAAGCUUCUGAAGACAUCCAGUUUUAUAUUCCUUCCGCUGUGACUCCUGGUUUGGCUGUCAUUGACUGGGAGGAGUGGCGACCAAUAUGGAGCAGAAACUGGGGUGGAAAGAAAAUCUACAUUUUACAUUCCAUCACUGUAAUGAAGAAGCAAAGGAUUUCCUGGUCUAUGGAAGACCUCUUUUUGACUGCAGAAAGAACCUUUGAGACAGUUGCUCAAAAAUACAUGGCUGAAACUCUGAUCCUUGGUCAAGAACAGCGACCUUAUCAACUGUGGGGCUUCUAUUUGUUUCCUGACUGUUACAAUUAUGACUACAAAAAUGCCAAUAAACCUUACACUGGAAAAUGCUCUUCUACUGUCAUGAGCCAAAAUGACUUGCUUCAUUGGUUAUGGGGCAACAGCAGUGCUCUCUAUCCUUCUGUAUACUUGUCCACAGUUUUAAAAAACUCUGAGAAAGCGUCUCUCUUUGUACGUAAUCGCGUCCAGGAAGCAAAAAGAGUUGCAACACUUCAUGGAGGCCUCCAGAUACCAUCCAUUUAUGUGUAUAAUCGACCUGUUUUUACAGAUCUUAACUCUGAAUUUUUAUCUGAGACAGACCUUAUCCACACUAUUGGUGAGUGUGCAGCACUGGGUGUGGCUGGUGUGAUAUUAUGGGGUGCAUCAGCAGACUACAAUAUAAAGAGAUCCUGUGAAGAACUCUCCAAACAGCUGACACAGAUCCUCAACCCCUACAUUGCAAAUGUGUCUGCUGCAGCCAAACUUUGCAGCAGCAUUCUCUGUCAGGGUAAAGGAAGAUGUACAAGAAAAAACUAUGAUGCCAGUGAUUAUCUACACCUUAAUGCUGCUAACUUCCAGAUACAAAAGCAGAGGAAUGGGAAAUACUUUGCUGUUGGUACAGCCAGUCCUAAAGAUCUGAGCGACAUGGCGAACAAGUUUACUUGUACGUGCUACGUGGGAGAGAACUGCCAGGCUCAUUUACCAGCUCACAUUCCAAACACACGAAGAGUCAUACCCAUAUAGUAUCAGACAUUGUUAUGUGUCAUCAAACUCACAAGGAGUCCUACCUGGUUUAUCUUCAUUUUGUAAUCUUAAAAUGACAUACUGUCAAGUAAUUACUUGAAAUGUUAUAUUCAGAAGUGUGCUAGACUACAUAUUACUUUUAUUUG